CAUUUGGCCACCGAACCAAAACAUAACUCCCGUUCUUUCAGAUUCUUCGCAUUUCUUCUUCUUCCGUUGUCAAAUAAAAAAAAAAGCAUUUCUUCUUCUACUUCUUCUUCUUAUUGUUACUGAGAAUCUUGUCUUCAGCUAUGGAUACUCGGAGCUUAGCUGUAUCGAUGAACACCAAUUUCACCUCCUUUGACCUCUCUCGGCGUUUAUCUCCUCUCCGAUCGACUAAACUAUCUCCCCGCUCCAUUCCCAGGGCUUCCGCGUCUAUCUCCACGCCGAACAGUGAAACAUCUCCCUCCUCCGGAAAUGGGAUUAACUCCGAAGCUAUCUCCGUGAAACCUGUUUACGUCCCGACACCUCCUAACCGCGAGCUCCGGACUCCUCACAGUGGGUACCAUUACGAUGGAACAGCGAGGAAGUUCUUCGAGGGAUGGUACUUCAGGGUUUCGAUCCCUGAGAAGAGGGAGAGUUUUUGCUUUAUGUAUUCUGUGGAGAAUCCUGCGUUUAGGAAGAGACUCUCACCGUUGGAGGUUGGUCUGUAUGGACCGAGGUUCACUGGCGUGGGAGCUCAGAUUCUUGGAGCUAAUGAUAAGUAUCUAUGCCAAUACACGGAGGACUCACACAACUUCUGGGGAGAUAGGCAUGAGCUAGUUUUGGGGAAUACUUUCAGUGCCAUGCCAGGCGCAAGGUCUCCAGACAAGGAGGUUCCACCUGAGGAAUUCAAUAGAAGAGUGUCUGAAGGGUUCCAAGCUACACCAUUUUGGCAUCAAGGUCACAUUUGCGAUGAUGGCAGGACUGACUACGCGGAAACUGUGAAAUCGGCUCGGUGGGAGUACAGUACCCGUCCUGUCUACGGCUGGGGUGAUGUUGGGGCCAAACAGAAGUCUACUGCAGGCUGGCCUGCAGCUUUUCCUGUAUUUGAGCCUCAUUGGCAGAUAUGCAUGGCAGGAGGCCUUUCAACAGGGUGGAUAGAGUGGGGUGGUGAAAGGUUUGAAUUUAGAGAUGCACCUUCUUAUUCAGAGAAGAAUUGGGGUGGAGGCUUCCCCAGAAAAUGGUUUUGGGUCCAGUGUAAUGUAUUUGAAGGUGCAAAAGGGGAAGUUGCUUUGACUGCAGGUGGCGGGUUGAGGCAGUUGCCCGGAUUAACUGAGACCUUUGAAAAUGCUGCACUGGUUUGUGUGCACUAUGAUGGAAAGUUGUACGAGUUUGUUCCGUGGAAUGGUGUUGUUAGCUGGGAAAUGUCUCCAUGGGGUUAUUGGUACAUGACCGCAGGGAAUGAAACCCAUAUGGUGGAACUAGAGGCAAGAACAAACGAAGCAGGUACACCUCUGCGUGCUCCAACCUCAGAAGCUGGUUUAGCUACAGCUUGCAGAGAUAGUUGUUACGGCGAGCUGAAGUUGCAGAUAUGGGAACGGCUAUAUGAUGGAAGUAAAGGCAAGGUGAUAAUGGAGGCAAAGAGCUCUAUGGCAGCAGUGGAGAUAGGAGGAGGACCGUGGUUUGGGACAUGGAAAGGAGAUACUAGCAACACACCUGAGCUACUCAAACGGUCCCUUCAGGUCCCAUUGGAUCUUGAAUCCGUCUUUGGUUUGGUCCCUUUCUUCAAGCCACCUGGUUUGUAAUUGUAAGUUGAUAGAAAGCCAAGUGGCUCAAAAACUGAGUAUUGUUGCUAGCUUGAGUGAUAUCAAUAUGUAUUGGUUUAGUUUAUUGGGCCCUUUUGGGUAAUUAUACAGGCCAGUGUAAAGUCUACUUAAAAAAGCCUAGGUAUUUAAAUCUAAACCGGGAAUUGGAUUGGUAGGUUUGUCUAUAAACCAAAAAAUAGCCCGUUCAUGAUAUAAUAUUAGAUUCCUAAUUUUUUUUUGAUGCCCUAUCGGUUCGGAGGAAUGAGUGGACUAUCCCGUAAACGUACUGAUUCUACCUUCAUUUUCUACCUUCAUUAACUGAUUCUACCUUCCGACUAAUGUGGAGUAUACCGAUCAUCUUUUUCGGUUUAUCAUGUAAAACAAGUUUUGUAAAAGCGUUCACCUGUUUCGGUUUAUCAUGUAAAACAAGUUUUGUAAAAGCGUCUGUUUCAGUUUUGUUGUGUUUCUUGUGAAUAUUAACCUUUCCACCAGAUUAUAGCUUGGAUCUUUGGAUUAA